CCUCGCUGUCUGAUUGAGUGUAGGAUUGAAAGGGGCAGAGCCGCCGGAAAACGACUUCGUCCAGCAUCAGAGCAGCCGUUUCGUCCAUUGCGUUGCGUUGCAUUGCAUUGCAUGCCAUGCAUGUAUAGGUUUACCCGAAGGAGCUCGAGGACACGCAGCUUCCAAUAUUAACCAGUGAUAGCAGAUCAAAUCUGUUAACUUACGCCUUAGCUUUGUAAAAAAAGCGUGAUUGGAUCUACUAGUACGGAUAACCAUGCCACCAACACGUCAACGAGAAGAUUGUGGAGUGAAUGCCUCAGGGCUCGGAGAGGACCCGUCCCUCUCCACCAUGGGUUUGACAUUGGAAUCGACAUUAGCCUGGGCAUCAGUGCUGCUUAACAGCAAGCAGGACAAUGAGCAAGACCUGGCCCCGGAAGAAAUCAAGGCCGCCUUAAAAGUGUACAAAGAGCUUCAGCGUGUCUUGAAGAUUUCGACUCGAACUGAAGACACAUUCUGCAAGCCACUGCUGCCGGAAGAUUCCAACAUUGGACCAACAUUGUUUCAUCAACAGUUCCUUGCCUUACUAGAAGAAGUCAAAGAGGCGCGACCCUUGACGAGGGAAAAUCUGUCAGAAAUUAAUGAUUUAUUCAUUCUCGACAACAGCCUGCGGGAAACCACAGUUGGAAGUGUACGUGGUCAUACUUUGGAAGAAAAGCAUCAGAUUGUUGAUGCCAUUGCUGACACUGGAUUGGAGGAAAUCAUUCUGGGAGCCUUUGGCAGCAAGAUUUCGGUUGAUAGUCAAAUUGCUGGUCGCUGGACAGAGCUUGGAAAAUCAUUUGACAAGGCCUGGGGAUUCUCAGAUGCCUUUGAUUUGGGAGGCUUUGAUGAAGAGCCCCUCUGGAAAUCUGCCGAUGAUUUUAUGAAGGCCAAAAGAGAAGGCACUGAGUUGCCAGAGUAUUGGGCACCCACCCAGGAGGUCAAAACUACCUACAGUGAAGAUGAUUUGGCACUUUUCAAAAGAGCUUAUGUCAACUUUCCAAAACAGAAUGUCUUUAGGGGACGCAAACCCAAGGAUAUUCUCAAAGAGUCGGAAUCAUCCAAAGGGCGUAUCCCCAUGGGACUACUGAUGAUGGCUGGCUAUGGCAUUUGCAAUGCCAUUAUUGAGGUUGAUACAGCAGUGGAGACUUUUGACUAUGAGACCCACAAUCUUGCGGAGCGAUGCGAAAAUCUGAUUCAAUGGUGCAAAAAAUACUUCCCUCGACGUCAAAAUGUGGCCAAUGGAGAAGAUGAUACAGCCCGCAUCUUUGUCAAUUGUCGAGACUUUGUGAAUUACCAUCGAAGUGACAGCGGACUGGAAAUGUGCCUGUGCAUGGUGGAUCAGCUCUGCCGAUUGCCACCCAAUCAGCGCCCCUUUGGCUUUCUUAUGGAGGAUCCUACUGGUUGGCUAUGGCCAGAUGAGGUGGGCCGACUGACCCGUCUCAUAAAACUCACAAUGCAGAGGGCUGGGCAUCCAGAUGGAAAGUUUCUGGUACAUCUUCACAUGUUCUUUGGGAUGGCCGAAGCCUGUGUCCUAUCAAGCAUGUGCAAUGGUGCCGAUGGAGUCUGGGCUGCUCUGUGCAAGACAGGAGCUCAGGUGGGACACGCCUGUUCCACCAUUACAGCAGUCAACCUAUUCCGAGCCGGAGUGAAGAGCGUGGCAAAGAAGUACAAUUUUGCCAAGAUGUGUGAAGGAGCUCGCAUGAUUACCAAAAUCACCACAAAGGAAGAAUGCCUUGAAUAUGAAGAAGUCUAUGGUGUGCGUGCUUUUGACGCAGCAUUCUUCAUGUACACCAUUCCUAGCAAACGGUAUGCUGUCAAGGAGAUAAUGGAUGAGCUCAACAUUGAUGAUUAUUAUGUCCGCUUGAAUGAGAUUUCAGUGAUGUCAGCCAUGGAACGGGCCAUGAUCUGCCACUUUGGAACACCAGAAGAUGCUGGAUGGGACCCAAAACACUGCCCACAAAUGUGGAAGGCGAUUGUCAAUCAUCUUGUGACUGGCAUCAGCCGAGACUACAAUUCGCCACUUGGUCUAGGAACACUCUAUGCUUUGGUGUCUUCAGAGGGUUUGUCACCUUCCAUGAUACGAACCAUGCUUGAGUCAACCACUGUACCUGAUACCCAUCCAACUGUGAUUGAAUUUGUACACCGGUGGAAUCGACUUUGUGCCAAGCACCUUGGUGAGGACUACACUUCUCCCAUUUGUCAGUCAAAAUCCAUCAUGAUGCCCUGCACAAGUCUUGAGCUCCAGCCUCGUCUCCCAGCCAUUCCAUUUGAAGCAUAUCAAAAGGACUUUGAUCUCAACCCUGUUGCUGCUCAAAAUGUGCCCAGAUUUAUCCAAGUCGCACUUAAGAGAGAAGAAUACAGGGUUAUGCAAGAGAGUCAAAAGACCAAGGCUCCCAUGCUGUACUUUGAAGAGAGAGUAUUAUCACUGAAACUUUUCAUCCAAGAGGCAGAAAGCCUGCAAGUCCUUCCUUUAGUGGAUGACUUCAUGCUGAGAAGAAUGUUUGAUAACUUCUUUGGUGAAGGUGAUACAUGGGUGCAGGAAUUGAAGAUGGAACGGCCAAAGAAACUCAACAAACAUAUCCUUCGGGCGGCAAUGAUGGCUAUGAAGUUUGAUGGCAAUCAUGCUUUUGCCCGAAUGAUUCUGUCUGCAUUCAAAAGGUUGGAAUACAAUGUUGGGUUGAGGGAAGAUUUACAGAAGUUGCGGGAGGCUACAGACAUGCAAAAGCUCAUUCAGGCAGCUAAACGGACAGAUGACAACAAGGCUCAACAAUCUGCUCUAGAUGAUUGGGCCCGAGAUUUUGAUACUAGAGGCAGUGUUGCAUAUCGCAGCGGCAGUGUGUUGUUUGAAAUUGACGAUGACAAACCACUCCUCGAAGACUUAAACGAAGGAGCAAAUGAAGAUGACCAUGCGGUCAGCACUGGAGAAGAGGCUGGGACCACGCAAGACGAGGGGCAAUCCAAGAAAAUCAAUGGAGGACUGGCUCAGAAACUUAAGAAGAUGUUGCGCUCACCAAAGUCCACCCCCAAGAAUUCACCCAAGCAAUCUCAGAAGCCUACCAAGAAAGCUCCCAGCUCUGGUGCCACACCACUGCAUUUGGUAUUGGACAAUGCCAUCAAUGAGGUAGAAUGCUAGGUAUGUAGAGGCAAGAUGACGUGGUCUGGCCUCCUUGCUCGCAUAACCGUCGUGCCCAGGGCUCUCGCAUCAUGCUCAGGACUGUUAUCAAUUCCUCGUGGAAAGGCAAAAAUGCAUCGUAGAAAAAGGAGUAUAGCAGCUAGCAAUCUGAACUUGGACUGCGCCGGCCCGUGCCUCCGCAUGCUGUUUGGUCAAUUGUGGCCCCCUAGAUUGUGCCCACCGGUACCAUCCGAUAGCUUAGAUAUUGUUGAGGUUAGGUCAGAUUCGCCACGCCGCGGCAACGACGAC